AAAUUACGGCGAAGGUUUUUCGUUGUAGCAGUGCGUGGCAAACAGAAUUUAUGUGUAUUUAUUUGAAAUUCACCUCUUCCUAUUCCUAAAUAAAACAACUAUAGAAUCACACAUAGCUGUACAAAAUGAGUGACAACGACGAUUUGUACAUGGUGAUAGUGGGUGACGACGGCGAAAGUGUUUCUCAUAUAAAAAUUGACCCAAACUUUGAGAUAAAGCAAGAGAAACUCGAUGAUGAUGAUGAGGUCCAAAUCAAAGUUGAACAAUUACUCGAUUCAGCAGCUGAACAUGGUGAAGUUUUGGACCUCGAUGAGGAAAACUUCAAUAUGUUGAUUGGAACAGAUGAUGACAACAAAUUUAAUAUUGAAACUGAACAUGAGGACCGGGAAAGCAACAUCGACUUUAUUGUAGAUGAUGAUACCCAAGAAAGUGCUGGGCAAGACAGUGAUGAUGAAUUUGUGCCUUCCGAUAGGUCCGAAUAUGAAAGUGAUGAUGAAGUUAAAAGUGACAAUGAAGAUAUUAAAGAUGAAAAGAUUAGGAAGAAAACUAAAUUUAGACGAAGAGGAAAGAACAGACAAGAAAUUUCCUAUGUGCAGUAUUUAAGAGACGAGUAUAAUGAUUUGAGGGAUGAUGAGGAAUUGCUUAUAAACUGUAUUGUCGAGUUAAUGAGACAAGUUCAGCGUCCCGAACCUCCGGAAGAUCAAUUUAUUAUGAAUGGAAUUAUGUUUGAGUGUAUUCAUUGCGAGAAGCAGUCAACUUCGAUUCCAAAUGCUCAGAGGCACUACCAAGAUUACCAUGGCGAGAGAUACUUGUAUUGUUAUGCCUGUGGGAGUGAUUUUAGAAGUUCCACUAACCUGUACAAGCAUGAGAAGAGGUGUAAUGCUGCUGACAUCAAAAUUGUGCUGAAAGCUCGAGCCCAGGUGCUGGGACGUAAAGGCAGAUCCAGACCAUAUAUACCAGAAUUCAUUGAUCAGAAGGAGGAUCGCAAGCCGAUAAAGCGCUAUUAUUGUACAGAGUGCUCAGCGAGCUUCGUCACCAAGUAUGGGGCGGAGUCUCACCUGCGGAUGCACCGGGGCGAGCGGCCAUACGUCUGCCCCCACUGUCCCCGCGCGUACACCUCGCAGACCACGCUGGCGCGUCACAAGUUGAAACACGGCAGUCAGGAGUACAUCUGCGAUCACUGCAGCCGCAGCUUCAAGCUCAAAGCGGCGCUCAUACUGCACAUGGAUACGCAUGCGCCGUUGAAGAAGUAUCCGUGUCUCGAAUGUCCCCGCCGCUACUCACAGAAGUCUGCUCUGUUGGUGCAUGUCAACCGAGACCACAGACUGCUGCCGCUGCCCUUCCCCUGCCAGAUAUGUCCUAAGAGAUAUCCGCGUAUGUCUGUACUUAAAAACCACAUGAAGAAAGCUCACGGCAUGCUUCUCAUGUCACGCAAGAUGUUCUUCAAGCAACUGCCUUUACUAACGAAGACUCAAAUAGACCAAGCCAAAGUUAUACUGAAAAGUGCAGAGGAUCCGUAUGCUGAUUUGUUGUAUUCGGAUAAAAUUAGUAAUCCAGAAGAGUUAUAUGAAUAACGCGUCUAUAGUACCAAAUAGUAACUGUAAGUUAUAUUUAUUUAAGUUUUAAUUAUUUUAGCACAAUUUUAUUUGUGAAGUUGAUUAGCUAUGUCAACACUGUGCCUUUUUUUGUUCAUGAAGGGCAUGCGUCAUAGCGCAGUCAACAGCGCACGUGAGCCGUACGUGAACUGUACUCUGGUCUCUGACCAUAUCCAAAACUUGCGCUUUGUUCUAUUUUUGGAAUUUCUUAUGACCAAAUAAGCCGCACAUAUUCCACCCAGUAAA